AAUAAAUAAAUAUUACCCACUUAGUUAUAAUACCUUUUGAUUUUCAUAAAUAAAUCAGUCUCUUAAUUCAUUAAACCCAAAACCCAAUAUGGUUCACCGAUCUAUCUCCGGCACCCAAUUCAAACCAUCUUUCUCUCGCCCAUGAAUUUCUUCCACCGUCGAUCUCUCUCCUUUUCCUUCUUCGCUUCUAAACCUCCAUGGUUCUUUCACCACUUCCAUGGUUACGCUUCCGCCACCUCCAAUGAAAUCCUUACAAUUCUCGAAACCGUCGAUCCCAUGGAACACACUCUUGAUCGAGCUCUCCCUCAUCUUUACCCGGAAAUAGUCACUUCGGUUGUUCAACAACAGCCCAACAGGUUAUUGGGUUUCCGUUUCUACAUCUGGUCAACCAAAUGGAAGAGCCUCCGGAGUCGGGUGUCUCAGAAUCUGGUCAUGGAUAUGCUUGCCAAGGACAGUGGCAGUGGCAGUGGCUUUGAAUUGUAUUGGAAAGCACUCGAGCAACUCAGAGACUGUGGCCUACCGAUUGCUUCUCAUGCUUUUACGGUGUUGAUAAAAGGGUUUUCGAAACUGGGCAUGGCAGAAAAGGCGGUGGAAUCGUUUGGUCGGAUGAGAGAUUUCAACUGUAAGCCCAAUGUGAUUACCUACAAUUGUAUACUUUAUAUUAUGUUGCGAAAUCAAGUUUUUUUGUUAGCGUUAGCGGUCUAUAAUGAGAUGUUGAAGUUGAAUUUCAGUCCAAAUGUGACUACUUACAACGUGUUGAUUGGUGGCUUGUUUAAAUGUAAUAAGAUUCAAGAUGCACUCAAGAUGUUUGAUGAAAUGACUCAGAGAGGUUUUAUCCCUAAUGAGAUAACUUAUACAAUUAUCAUUUCCGGCCUGUGCCAAGAAAAGAGGUUGGAUGAAGCACGCAGCCUUUUAGAUAAGCUGAAAAGGAGUGGCUUUUAUCCUGAUUCUGUGGCUUAUAACUCUUUGCUGAAUGGAUACUGUAAAUCAGGUAGGUUUGAUGAAGCUUUUGUGUUUCUGCAGUCAUCUAACAUAGACGGAUAUGUAAUUGGGCUCAAUGGAUACAGUUGUUUAAUUGAUGGCUUGUUUAGAGCCAACAGGUACGCUGAAGCUCGUGGCUGGUACAUGAAGAUGAUCAAGGCAAACAUCAAGCCCGACAUUGUCUUGUAUACCAUAUUGGUUCGAGGUUUAGCAGAAGAAGGGAGGGCUCAAGAUGCGUUGAACUUGUUGAAUGACAUGAAGGAGAGUGGUUUGGUUCCAGAUGCCUACUGUUAUAAUGCCGUGAUUAAAGGGUUAUGCGAUGCGGGACUUUUAAAUAUGGCUCGGUCUCUUUAUCUUGAGAUCUCAAAUCAAGAAUGGUUCCCGAAUCCAUGCACUUCCACCAUUCUUAUUUCUGCUAUGUGCAGAGAGGGGCUGAUUGAGGAGGCACAACAAAUUUUCGAUGAAAUGGAGAAGCUUGGUUGUGCUCCUCCUAUAGUGACAUUUAAUGCACUUAUUCAUGGACUUUGCAAAGCUGGUAAAGUUGAGGAAGCGAACAUGUUAUUUUACAAGAUGGAGAUAGGAAGAAAUCCUUCAUUAUUUCUUCGUCUUUCGCAAGGGGGCAAUAGAGUUCUUGAUACUGCAAGUCUUGAAACAAUGGUGGGGCAAUUGUGUGAAUCAGGAAAUUUCCUCGAGGCAUACAAGCUUCUACUGAAACUGGCUGACAGUGGGGUUAUGCCAGACACUGUGACUUACAACAGUUUAAUCAAUGGAUUUUGUAAAUCAGGAAAUAUAAAUGGUGCUCUUAAACUUUUAAAGGACAUGCAACUGAAAGGGAUUUCGCCAGAUUCUGUCACAUAUGGUACCCUUAUAGAUGGACUUCAAAGGGUUGACAGGGAAGAUGAUGCCUUUGUGGUCUUUAAUCAAAUGGCCAAAACUGGUUGUAAGGCUAGCUCUGCUGUUUACAAAUCACUUAUGACUUGGUCAACCCGGAAAGGGAAUUUUUCAUUAGCCUUUAGUCUGUGGUUGAAAUAUCAGAGCAGCCUUCCUGGAAGGGACAAGGAAUCAAUGAACGUGAUAGAGGAACAAUUUAAAAAAGGAGAACUUGAUAAUGCAAUUAAUGGUCUACUUAGAAUUGACUUCAAAUUGAAAGAUUUUGAUUUAGCACCAUAUUCAAUUUUGCUCAUCGGGUUUUGUGAAGCUGGAAGAUUAAAAGAAGCUUUGACAAUAUUUUCUAUUCUUGAGAACUAUAAGGUCAAUGUCACUCCACCAAGUUGUGUGAAGUUAAUUUAUGGUCUCUGCAAAAGUGGGACUUUAGACCUGGCAAUAAAUGUUUUCAUUUAUACUCUAGAGAAGGGUUUUAUGUUGCCAAGAGCUUGCAACCAUCUUCUCAAGUGUCUUCUUUGUUCCCAAGAUAAAAGGAAUUCUGCCCUUGCUCUUGUUCGUAGUAUCAGUUCCUUUGGGUAUGAUCAGGAUGCUUAUCUGUUUCAGUCUACAAAGUUUCUUCUACGAAGUCACUUUAAUAAACCGUGAGUUACAAAUGUGCACUUUUAAAAAAAAAAAUUACCAUCUGUAAGAGCAAUUUUGUAGGAUUUCCCUAUAGAUAUUUGGAACAUUUUUUUUUCUGAAGUUUAUUGCAGAGGCAGCAAAAAAGAGAAAUAAGGAGAAUAACUGUAGAUUAGAGUUUACUGUAGUGAAUCUUCACUAAUAUCCUUUUUACUGAUUGUAUUGGUUAACCAAUGUCACAGUCAUGUUGGACAGUUGGAUGCGUGUUGCGUUUCUUUGAUUGUUGGAAUUUUUUUUCUUUUUUCUUUUGACACUGAACAUGUAUACUAGAAGGGAAACUAGUCUUUAGGAAGUGGAAUCUAAUAAGAUGCUUAUGUUCAAACCAAUGUAUUCAUUUCUGUUAAAUAUUGCCAUAUACUGUUAUACUUGACUUCUGUGGUUAAUAAAAUUUCAUUGUUUA